CUUUCAGAUUAUGAUACACCAUCUCAACGUCGUUUGCCGCGGUCUAUGUCAGUGAUGGCAGUUGGAAAGAAAGGCUUCACGUGUUCUUGGGAUUGAACUUCUUCGCAGUCCGAUUGCAAUCAUCAGCGUGUUUCCCUAGACUUACAUUUUUACCCAGAGGCUCGCCUCUAUAUCUUCCCUUUGAUGAUUUUCUAUGGUAUCACCAAGAAAACCCUGCUUAUAUUUCGCGAAAAAUGCCUGUAACAAUGGAGAUCAAUGCCGAUUCUCCCAUGAUGCUUCCUUAGCCUCUCCGUUGAGAAGUGUCUGCCCGUAUUAUCUGAAAGGCGAUUGCCGCUAUGGAGAUAAUUGUCUGAACGACCACUCGAUGACAGGCCAAGAACUCCAGCCGUUGCUGUGCAAGUUCUUCAUCAAAGGUGAAUGCAACAAAGGUUCAGAAUGCGUGUUUCGCCAUGACAUUGAGAGAGAGCAAGUUGCUUCUCAGUCGACAAGGGACGCUAGUGUCAUGAUGGAUCUACAAUCUGGGCAUAAAGUAUCUUCCAACUCUCGUCUGUCCCCCCUCGGUAACUUUGAUGCGCUACAACUAAACUCUACUCCGGCAAACAGUUCUCCGAAAACUAAUUCUAGAUUUUCUAAUAAUUUGGUGAAACUGGUGCUUGCCCCCGUAGACUCCCCAUAUGAAUACAACGCAAAUCCUGGCAUUCCUAUGAAUGUAUCAGAUGAUGUUACAGAUAACGGAAAUCCUAUCAGUCGAGAAACGCAAGACAACGAGAGUCAUGGUAGCUCUCCAUCCAUCAAACAGCAGGAUACACAGGUCUCGAGUCCUUUCCAGUCAGCCGAUGACACUGACGCUACGGAGGUACACGCAGAUCGCUAUCCUCAACCGGGUUCACCGUACAAACAACCUGUACGAAAUGACCACCCUUCCACCUUUUACAGUCAAUAUCCCCCAACUGUUAUUCCUCCUGGUUUUGUCAUGCAUGCUGCACCAUAUUUUGACCCAAAUGUCUACACCCGAACCAUACCCAUGAUUCCUAGUUAUGCCCCCAUUUCUUAUCUCCCUCCUACGACAACACUUCCACCCAAUCUCUCUGGAUCUAGUAAUCUGCUCACCCAGAGCGUACCUCCUGUUGUCUCUGCCCCCCUAUCCGACCAUGCCAACGCAAGAAUACCCUGGUGUCAACGGUAUUUCGUUGAUGGUAAUUGCCCACUGGGAAGAUCAUGUAGAUUCAGACACCGCCUCACCGACGAAGAGUUGCAGAAGCUUCAUGCUGAGCCAGCGCAAGAAGUACCGAAAGUUUAUCUCACUCCAACACACAACGAACACGGAGCAAACAGUCUUCAAAAUAAGAGAGAAUGCCACUUUUGGAAAACCAAUUCCUGUAAAAAAGGCGCCAAUUGCCCAUUUUUGCACUCAGCUGUCAAUAAACCCGGACCCAUCCCCUCCAUCAUUGUUGACCAAGAAGACCACACCCACCAAGAAGAUCCAGAAAAUAACGACUUCGGAUGGGGAAGCGGAUCAGACUCCGCGGUGAAGUGGGGUGAGACAGAGGAGACCGCCGAGCCUGCAAAUACGUCCGAAUGGGACAACAAAGCACCUUCUGCCGAAAGCUGGGGUGAGGACGUUGAAAGCUGGGGAAAUGCAAUAUCUUCGGAACCUGAACUGUCCACCAAGAAGGGGUCUGAAAAGCGUACUAGCAAAGCUCAUGAUAAUAAUCGCCGAAAAGAUCUCCUGGGACCCAAGGGAGCCUAUUCUAAAUCAUCGAGUAGGUCAAGGGAGACGCAAUCUGGUUCAUCCAGCCUGUCGAGGGAACCUCGAGGGACGGGGUCUCAACGUAGAGGGAUGGAAACACCACCUCAUCUGUGGGUCAAGGAUCGUAAAAGUCGCUGGGACAAUGGCGGUUCAUUGGAUUCUGACAAGAUGAGGCCGAAAAGUUCAGCUCGCUCUACUGUAGAUGCGAUCUCAGCGGAUCUCUCGCGAAGGCUCGACGAGAAUGAAAUUACCUCUAAGCCUUCGUCUCGGGCUCAUAAUAACAAUGAGAAUUAUCCUGUAUCUCCAAAUGGCAGCAAUCUACUAAGUACAAUCCCCAAGGAAGGAUCAGACGUGGAUUUGGGUGUUCACCAGGAAUUGGACGCUCCUGAGGAUACCAAUGACAACAUAGACAGUCCUUUGCCUGACGCUCCAGAUGAUGCCGACGGAGGUUUUACCGAAUCUGCUGAGAUUUCCGGAGAGUUCAAUACUGAUACUGGCGGCAACCGACCUAUUAAUUCAGGUGUCACUGAAGGAACCAGUGUUACUGAGAACAUCCGAGACACUCCAGUAGACCGUGAACGAACUACAGAUGAAGAGGGAGUGGAAGUAGUCGACGCCCAGCCGGGCUCCAAUGAUUCCGAUGACAGUAGUCUGACUCAUGACGCAAACGGACAGGAAGGGACCAGCAACCGUCUACAUGAACACGUUCAAGAGGUUGCGGAGGAGGAUAGCAGGGGGAUGGCAUCAGGCAACACACAUUCAUCUAUGAACUGGGAUGCAGCAGACGACGCCUGGAAUGGUCCCAAUUGGGGUCCAACUGACCCCGAAACUUACUCUCACAAACCUCAUAGCAAAUUACCCUGCAAGGCUUUCGGCCAAGGGUAUUGUCCAUUUGGUGAAAAUUGUGAAUUCUCUCAUAUCUCUGUGGAUAACGAUGAGAGACAAAGUUCGGAAGUGACAGUCGGAAUCGACGACACUAUCGAUGCACCAGUUCCAAAUGGCUUCGAUCACAAUGAAGAUAACAUGUCGCCUUUAACGUCGAUUAUUCGUCAAUCCUUCCAUUGUGAUGUCAAAUACGGACAGGACGCAACUCCCGAACAAAUCCUUACCGCAUUCGAAUCCGAUACUACCUUUGUGUUCGACAUACCACUAUCUUUCAGCGAGGAUGAGUUUUCCAGCCUGGUCACCGUGUUUGGAAAUGUACUGGAAAUUCAAGUCGAAUUUCCGAAAACAGGCGGCUCCUGCUAUCACGCAAAGGUGAAGUUCUCUGAUCGACACGAAGCAGAAGAAGCUGCAAAGCAACUCCAUGAGUCUUCGAGGUUGGGACCAAAUACUUCAUUACGCGCAUACCCAAACUCUAGGGCGCCUAGUAUCUAUAACUGGCACCCUAGCGAUUCCAGUUCUGCAGUCAGAAUUUCUUAUCCUACUCCGAGUCGUGCAGCGUGGGUUUAUUUCGAAAGCAUGGAUUCUUUCAAGAAAGCAGAAAGUUUGAACGGUGAAGUUUUCAACGGAAGGAAGAUCAAAAUUUCUCGGAAUUCACGGCUGAAAAAACAGACCCACUUUCCUUUGAGGGUUGAAGGACUUGCUGUAACCACCGAAAAACAGAAACUUAUGGACUUCUUCAAAAAUUCUGUUCUUGUGGAAAUGAUUGCCCCCACCUACACUGAUAAUCCCACUCAUCAGCUCGAAAAUUUGUUACAGACUUGUGGAGAACUCGAAGAGUUUUCUGUUGAAGUCUCGCCCACAAAUACGGCUCGCGCUAUGGUUUUUGCACGAUUUUCCGAUGCUGCUGUUGCCUCACGCGCAAUUGCCACGCUGAACGACACGGAGCAUGCAUUCCUAGGUGGCGGUCGUUUGAAAGUUCAGGAGACUUUCUAUUCGUGUUAUUGCCUUCCUCAAGAGAAAGCCUCUUCUGUGCGUGCGGAUAUAAACUCGUUACAAACGAUUCAUGGUCCGGGGAUCAAAGUUCAGGAACACCUGAACUCAGCUGAUGACUUCGAGCUACGAAUAUACGGAUCGGACUCCAUACUCUUUGCGAGGGCCCGACUAGAGUUUGAUCAGCUUAUGGAGGGUGAAAUUAUCUUAGACGACGACAACAAACCUUUAUGGGAUGACUACUUCGAUCUUCCGAGUAGCACCAAACAGAUCGAUCUGAUGAACACACGGAAUGCGGGCUCUUUCUUCAUUGAAAGGGACUUCCGGAACCGGCACGUACUGGCCUUUGGGAGUAAGGAACGUCGCACCCGUGCAAAGGAUCUUUUGUACAAAUUUUUAGCUAAAGUGCAAAGCUGUGUUCUCACUAUGGGCGUUUCUGACGCAUGUAUGGGUCACAUGAUACGUGCGGGCUACACAAACGAAGCUGCUUUAUCCGAUAAGCUUCAUUUUGACUUUUCGUCCAGAACCAUAACCAUACGUGGAAGCGUCGACGAACGCGAAAAAGAAUGGGCGACAAUCUCCAAGCUCACUCGUGAGAACGACGCUUCACCUACGGUCGUGAAUGAACAGUCUUGUAGAUUAUGUCUUUCGACAGUCGCGGAACCCGUCUUGCUGGGGUAUGGCGUGCGUCGCCGCCAUUGAUCUCGACAACAGUAAUGAUGGAGAGGCAGAGACACCUCGUUGUUCCGCACCCAUCCCAUAUAGCCUUAUUCGCAAGGUACUAUCGAAUCAAGAAGAGAAUGACCUCCUGGAACAUUCCUUUUUAUCACAUGUCUGGGAACGCUCGGAGGAAUACAAACUAUGCCCAACUCAUGAUUGCACCAUGGUUU